AAAUAGUCUACCCCGGUGCGAGGAUCACGAUUCUGGCCCAGCCUGCUUGGUGUGUCAGGUCACCCCCUGCCCCGAAUCCUCAUCCACCCUGUGUAUUGAAGCUAAAUGAUCAACUCCUCUAGGGCCGUGGUUCUCAAAGCCAUAUCACUGGCAAUAUCCGCAACGGCACAUCUCAUGCUCUUACUGACCAUGAGGCUGAAAUGGGAUAUAGUCAAGGGGUUCGUCGUGACGACGUCCCUCUGGUGUGCGUCCUCGGCGAUCCUCUUCAGCGUCGUGGGUGUCAUCACGCAACAACCUCCCCCCGUCACGCCGCCGCAAACCUGGCGAUAUACACAGAAUUUCUACUACGCCAUCUUCGCCGCGGCUCUCUACAUUCUGAUCGGAUUGCUAUUGACGAGCUACGCCGGCAGCGUCCGCCCCGUCCAUCUGAGCCUCAAAGACCGAAGAUCCGUCGAAGACACAAGCAUCAUUCUGCGGGCGUUGACGCUGGCCACUUUCCUGCUCGGAGGCGCCGCCAUAUACACCCCCAUCGAGGGAUGGUCGCUCACGGACGCGCUGUAUUGGGCCGUGUACACCGUGUUAACGGUAGGGAUUGGGAACAUCGCCCCCAAGACCCACCUCGGACGAAGCCUCCUGUUUCCAUACGCCACGGCUGGCAUCACGUCUCUCGGUCUCUUCGUCGCCUCGAUAGCGUCGUUCUCGACCAAGAUGGGAGAACUGCAUCUUCGCUUUGAGCUCGAGCAGGAAGGGAUCCACAUCCAUGAGGUGCCCGCCGAUGUCCUCAAAGGAAAACGGAUCAAGUCCGAAUUCCAUCGCAGACAUCGGUGGGUGGUGUUUAUCUUCUCCGCCGGAGCAUGGCUGCUCCUGUGGCUCGUCAGUGCGCGGAUCUUCCGGGGCUCCGAGAAAGGCCAGGGGUGGACGUACUUCGACUCGCUCUACUUCACGUUUGUCUCGCUGACGACGAUCGGAUACGGCGAUCUCUACCCGACAAGCAAUUUUGGCAAGGCCUUUUUCGUGUUCUGGGCUCUUCUGGCCGUUCCGGUCAUGACGACGCUGGUCGGGGUGAUGGGCCAGCUGGGAUUCCGCACCGUCACCUACUUCGUGCGCCGCCUGGGGAGAUGUUGUCCCGGCAGGCAUGCCGGACGCCGUGUCAAAGCCUUUCUGGGGAGUCGGAGGCUGAACAGGCCGGCACGGCAUCCAUAUCCUGGGAUAUCGCCCAGCUCGGAUGUCAACUUGGACAUCGAGAGCCAGGCCCACAAGGUUCUAGAUGCGACCCAUCCGACCAAAGAAGUACAAGAAUUCCAGACAAAUGAACAGCUGGAAUUUGUCGGGCCUGCGCAGCACACGCUCUCAAUCGGCGAGCAAAUCGAGAAGCUGGUGGACAUCCUCAAGGACGAUGUCAUGCAGGUGGAUCUGCACCGCGAAUGGGCGCGCAUCGUGCCCUUGCUCAGUCUCGAAGGGGGUGAAGAAGACCCCGGGUCCUCGCAGCCCAAACGUCCACGGGGGAGCCAUCAUCGACCGCAGGUGGUGAGGGAGGUGCUGGAUGCCAACCAGUCGGAAAGCGAGCGGAACAAGGAGCUGCUGUGGAUGGUGAAGUUGCUCAUCGAAAAGCUGUGCUCCCAUCUCCGCGAGGAGGUCCGGGGAGGAGAACAAGAAUAA